CUGUAGCUCUCACUUGGGAAUAAUGGCUAAAGCCGAAGUGCAACUUGAAGACAUGGAGAAAGCAUUGAUGAAACAACCAGUAGUGGGAAAGAUGAGCCUCUAUGAGCGAGUGUUUCAACCGUGUGUAGCCGAGCUGGUGGGCACCACCUUCUUUGUGUUUAUAGGAUGUGUUUCUGUCAUUGAAGAUGUGGAGACUGCGGGCAGACUUCAGCCGGCAUUGGUUCAUGGUCUUGCAGUGGCGGUACUCAUUGCAUGCAUGGCAGAGAUCAGCGGUUCGCAUUUCAAUCCGGCAUUCACAAUAGCUGUCUACCUUUGUGGUGGAAUGCAUCUGAAGAUGGUGGCACCAUACUUGAUCUCUCAGAUCACAGGAGGUUUGCUGGGUGCAACCAUGGCCAAAGGCAUGACCUCAGCUGCAAACUAUGGCAAAGCUCAAGGUGCUGCUUUUACAGUUCUCCAGUCAGAAGAUCAGAUUGUGAAGGCUUUAUUGGGUGAAACCGCUAUGACGUGUUUAAUUACCAUAGUGGUGUUACUGGGUGCCGUAAAUGGCAAGAGCAAAAAUCCCUUGGUGCCGUUUAUGGUGGGCUGCACGCUCAUUAUUAAUGUUCUAGCAGGGGGUGAUGUGUCUGGUACCUGUCUGAAUCCUGCAAGAGCUUUUGGACCUGCAGUGCUAACCAACUACUGGACUUAUCACUGGGUGUAUUGGGUCGGUCCGAUUGCCGGAGGGCUUAUUGCCGUUGCAUUAGUAAGACUUUUGCUUGGGGACAAUAACACACGUGUCCUGAUAAAGUAAUAUCCAUGCACAGAUAUUUUACAUGUUUCUCAUCCAUACUUGGUCAAUUUAGUUUUAUAGCUGCUUUUAAAAGAACUGAAGAGUUUCUAAACUGAUUAAGGGGGAAAUGGGCAUCCUGUUUUUUUAACAGGAAUAAAUGGAUGAAAUGCAAGAUUUUAUAUUAUUUAAAUGUUAGGGAUAUAGAAAUCAUUUAACUGUAAUCAUAAAAAUAGGAUUAAACAUGUAUGGAAAUGCAAUACAUUUUAAACAAAAAUUUAUUUUAAUAUUCUUUAACUCUCUUAAAAUUCUAUCAAGUUUAUAUGUGUACAUAAAUGUUAAAUUU